CAUUUAGCUGUGUGUUAUUAGUUGGUUCAACCCUGCUGAAGUAUAAGCAGUAUAUACACAUGAGGAUUUUGUUACAGAAUAAUACUUUCUCGUAAAAACGUUAGAACGACACUAGACGAAAUUUGAACUUAAUUGCAAGUUGUGGUCAGCAAAAUCAAACGAUGGCUGAGGCUAAAAAAGACCUAAAUAAACUCUUGGAACAUUUAGUGGACAUAAAUAAAGAGCUAGAAAGAAAAAUAAUGAAACUAUAUCAACAGGUCAAUUUGAAAACAGAGGAAUGUAUAAAAAAAAUUUCUCAAGGAAACAUAGACGAAAUAAAAGAAGUGGUUGCUCUGGUGAGGAAAACAAAUUCUGCACUGCUGGAUCAUAAAAAAACUAUUUCAGAUGUAAAAAGGAAACUUGAUGAGCUAAAGAAAAGACAAGGAACACAUGAAGGAAUUGACUGUGGUCGCAGUUUACCAAAGAAAUUAAAUCUGACGGACACAACUUGGACUUUAGUUGAAAACGACCAUCAAGGAAACGAAAAUGAAAUCUCAGAAAUAAAUAAAAAGGAAAACACAAGUUUAGAAAAGAGAAUGGAGCAUGUUGAAACAGAGUUAAAUUCAGUCAAAGAUACAAAACAAAAGACCGAGGAUGACCUUUCGGAGAUGAAACAGUGGAAAGAAAACAUUUUAGAAAAUAGAAUUAAAUAUAUUGAGGACAUGAUUUCUACUCUACAAAAAGCGACAGAAAAAAUGAAAGAACAGUCUGUAACAGAAAAAUGUGACAUGGAUAAGCAAAUACUUCAAGUGACGAAAAAAACAAAAAAGAAAUUUAAAAACCUCCAACAGAAGAUGAAUUUACAGAAUGAUAUAAUUCACGAGCUACAAAAUAAAGAAAGCAUUUGCUUACCAGAAAUUAACGACUGGAGAGACAGAUGCAUAUCUGAACAAAGUGAUAUACUGAUCAAAAUGAAACAGCUAUCCGAUGAACAAAAAGAAAAUUAUUUAAACCUAAAACAGCAGUGCACAGAAGAUGAAAAUAAAAUAGGUGAGAUGAGUCAACAAAUUGAGAUUUUAAUGGAAAAUAAUGCAAAGACUUGUAGAAGUCUAGAACAAGUUAAUCUUGAUAUAGAAACAGUCAAAAGCAACGUGAAUGAAAUGGAGAACAAGUUUAAAGUCAACAAAGAUGAGUCAGAUAAUUUUGCAAGAAUUGUAGCCAGUCAUUCUGAAUUGAUUUGUGUUUUACAAAACGAUGGAAAAGAUAACAUGGCUAACAUCGUAAAAAAGAUUGAACAUUUAAAGACAAUGCUUGCAACGUUAGAAAAUGAUUUGAUCACUAGGUCAAACGAAGUGAAAACAAUAAGUCAAGAGGUAAAACAUCAGUCCGGUUUGAUUACUACUUUACAAGCAGAUGGAAAUAAGAAUGUGGAAAAUUUUACAACUAAAAUGAAUGCACUGGGAACAGAUGUCCUUAAGCUGUCAAAAGAUUGUGAGAUUUUUGGAGAAGAAGUAAAAAGACAUGUGGAUUUGAUUUCUACUUUACAAGAUGAAGGAAAAAAAAAUAUGACCAAUACUUUAAAAGAGUUAGCUAAUUUAACUUUCAAGCUUCAAGCCCAAGAAACAGCUUCUUCAACGAUGUCGAAAGAGUUUAGGACCUUUGAGACCCUUGCAAGCAACAGAUACGUGUGUCAUAUGAAGCCUGCAUGUUACAAACCUGUGACUGAUGGGACUCCAAUCUUAAAGUUUUCCGAAGUACGUGAAUAUAACGGCCAACACUUGAAUCGAGCAACAGGAAAAUUUGUAUCACCACAUGACGGAUGUUAUCUUGUCUGUGUGACAGUAAAAGAAAAUCCAAAAUAUUGGAUAUGGUUUAAUGUAGUGGCUGGAGACAGUGGUUACAAUCUCCGCGGUUAUUACAACGGAUAUUACGUGUAUGUCAAUACUGGGUCAGUGAUUGUUGACAUGAAGAAAGGUCAGGAACUUUAUUUCAAAGUAGCAAUUGCAGAAUCAGGCGCAGUGUUGUCUAGUGAGAGGAGCUUCACUAUCAUUAGUUUAUAG